UUUAAAAGCAAGCUGGAAACUCGGAAAUGUCAGUUGCUUCGAGCUCUUACAAGUAGUGAGAUCAUUGGAACAUUUGCUUACAGUGUUAUUGACAAACAGUAAAACAUACCAACAAUAGAAAUUUCAACAACUCCAAUAUGCCGUUCCGAAAAGAAUCUUUGGGACCUUAUUUGGCUGAUGAAGCCCGAAAGGUUCCCAAUGACGGCUAUUUGGGGGUGCUGCCCUGCGAAGAUCGUGAAAGUGGCCUUUAUCCCAAUGUGGACUUAUCCAUUUGGCUACGAUCAUGCAUCAACGAACAAGAGAAGCCCCUUGAAGGAAUAGUUCGAGGUCAAAUCCCCGAUUGGAUCCUCGGGAACUUUUUGCAAAACGGUCCCGGUAAAUUCUUUUAUGGCGACAAGAUCGUGCGACAUCUUUUCGAUGGAGCCGCUUUGGUCCAGAAGUAUCACAUUGAGGAGGGCAAAGUCAUGUACCAAUGUCGGUAUUUGAGAACCGAGGCCUUUAAGAAGAACCUUGUGGCCAAAGAUGUGACCAUUAAUGAGUUUGCCACCCCUGGAAACAACAAAGACGGUCGAUUGGCCUUCAUCGGUGAUUUGGGCAAGAUCAUGUCAGAUAAUACAUUCAUUUCGGUCUACCCCUUGGGAGAAGAGUACUACUGCUAUUACGAGAGCCCUUUCAUCCAACGAGUGGACCCUGACACUCUCUUCACCCUUAAAACGAUCAACCUGAACAAACAUUGGAACGUCCUCACGAAUGCAUCCCAUCCCCACUUUGAUGAUUAUGGAAACCUACUCUCGCUAGGGAUGAAAGUUGGAACUACUGGACCUGAGUACAUCAUUACCAAGACCAAAGUCGACGAUGACAACUACAUGGCCAUUCUUGAUAAUAAGGCCAAAGGUGAUCAUUAUCUCAAGGAUGAGACCUUAGAUCUGGCCAAAUUUGACGACAGUCAGAUCGUGGCCAAGGUCAAAUCACGUUGGAUGAUGGAUCCCAGCUACAUGCACAGCUUCUCAGUCACCGAAAACUACUACGUGAUUGUGGAACAGCCCAUGACGGUCAAUGUGCCCAGUCUGAUAGCUGGAACAUUGAAGAAACGACCCAUGAUCAACAGUAUGCGUUGGAAGGGCGAGAGCAUCACCUUGUUCCACGUGGUCCACAAGGUCACCGGGGAGAGGGUCAAGAUGCGUUACCGCACCAAGGCCUUCUUCUUCUUGCACACCAUCAACGCCUACGAGGAUGAAGGUCACAUUGUGAUCGACAUUUGCAGCUUCUCCAAGCCAGACAUGCUGUACUGCAUGUACUUGGAAGCCUUGCAAAAAGCCCAAUCGAACCCCGACUACGCGGAGCUCUUUCGAGGUCGGCCUCAACGCUAUGUCCUACCAUUGAAAGUGGCGAAUAAUCAGCACACCAAACUAGACGAGAACCUCGUUUCCCUGAACUACACAACAGCGCAAGCGUUUCUGGAGAAAAAGCGCACCAUUCGCUUGGUUCCACAAACCAUCUGCGACGUCGGUUGCGAAACGCCAACCAUCAACUAUGAUAAAUACAACGGCAAAAAAUAUCGAUACUUUUACGCCAUCACAGCCGAUGUCGACGAUCCCGUGAGUGCUGGUCAGAUCCAUAAGAUUGACACAAUCAGUGGUCAAGUCCAGACUUGGUGUGAGGUCGGAAGCUAUUGCGCCGAGCCCAUGUUUGUGCCCAAACCCGACGCUCAAGACGAGGACGAUGGCGUCAUUUUGUCCUCCAUUAUUCGGAACAAGCCCGAGGUCAAUUACACCGCUCUUUUGGUAUUGGAUGCCAAGACCAUGACGGAGAUUGGUCGGGCCGAAUUCCGUUGUGUUGGACCGGUGCCUAAACCGCUGCACGGUUAUUUCACGGGCAACAAUGUCAGCCACAAUCGACACCAGGCGGCCAAGGCCAAACAGAGCCAGAUGUAACACGUCUGAUUGAUAAUGAUAAUCUGUACAUAUCGUUGUUUCUACAAGUAUUAAAGCGAUUUCAA